AUGCCCGCAUUGAACGCCCUCAAUUCAACCUCAGAAUCCCGCGCGCGCGCCCUGAUCCUAGCACAACUCCGGCUCCUUCGUCCCCUCCUCCGACUGGCAAAGAUACGAUUGUCUGCGCGCCCCGGCCAUCCUGACUGUGAGUCAGAUGAUGACAUGCCUGACGCGGAUACAUCAGAGCCGCCAUUGAACAGUACCGGUAGUCACAUGACGCUCGCAGAGAAAGCCAGACUUAUCAAGAAGUGGGCCGACAACAAACAGAAGCAUGUUCGCAAGAAGAGAGACAAGAAUAGCCACGUUUAUUGGGUUACCUCUGGCAUGGGAGACCAUUUAAAAUCCCACAGUAUUACGAAGGAGUCUCACCACGGUCGAAUCAAUGGAUACGGCCGCGCCAUUGGUGGAGGAGAUUAUACAGAGGUAGAUGCAUGGAGCGGUCGACCCAGGCAAAGAGCAAGGCUCACGGCAAAGGAGUCUAUCCGCCAGUGGUUUGUAAAACACCGACAACCCUUCUCUGUUGUUGAGAACUUGAGACUCCUGCUUUCCAAGAGAUACUUUGUGGAACGCAGAGAGAAGCUGAAGAUCGAGCUUCAGUACAAUUGUGCUACCAUCUCGCUCACCCUUGAUAUCUGGACAGCACCGAAUCGGGUGCCUAUUUUCGCCAUUAUUACGCACUGGAUUACGCCGGAGUUUGAGGAGAGAGGAGUUGAGAAGACACUUGAGGAGCUCAGGCUCAAGCCAAAGCUUCUCGCCAUUACGGGAGACAACGCCGCCAACAACGGCACGCUCUAUUAUUUGAAGACCAGACCACAUUCCAAUUUCCGGGCAAGCUGGUAG